CUAUUUAAGUCUCGUAAACUCUUUCGUCCACUUAAACAACCAUAUUAUGGCUUCAAGCAAACCUGUUAAUCGUCCAUCAGUGAAGCACCCGAGUCACAAACAUCCGCUACACAUCUUUAAAGCCCAAGAGGAAGAUGAGAUCAUCUGCUCUGGAUGUGAGCUCGGGCUAACCGGACAAGCUUUCAAGUGUACCAAGUCAGACUGUGAUUACUUCCUGCACAAGUCGUGUUUCGACCUACCCCGUGAAAUAAACCACAAGUCUCAUCCUGACCAUCCUUUAACCUUGCUUCAUUCCCCACCUUAUGGUCACGCUUACGGGUGUGAUGCAUGCGGUCAAUAUGGAUCUAGUUUCACUUACCAUUGCUCCAAGUGCCAGUACGAUGUUCAUGUGGGGUGUGCCUUUCUCCCUGAGAUCUUAGAUCGUGAUGAUCACGAACACAAGCUUACUCUAGUUUACAGCUCGCCGUGCAAAGGUCGUGACGGUGUGGUUUUCAUGUGUGACGUCUGUAAAGAAACAGUACUGUCGGAGAAUCUUUGGGUUUAUCAUUGCAAAGUAUGUGAUUAUGGAACGCAUGUGCAUUCUUGUGCCGUUUAUGAAAAUCACGAGGCGAAGAAAGGAGGAGGAGGAGAAGAAGAAGCGGUCUUGGAAGCUUUGAGGAUAGAGUCGUUGAGGAAUGCUCGUAUGGAGUUGGCGAAUAUGCGUAUUUCGAAUAAAAUAAAUAAUUCUGUAAUCCAUUUUGGGGAUGAACCUAGAUAUCAUUGGGUCAGAAAAUGAAUAAGCUUGUGAUUAU